AUGACGCCGAACAUUCACCGUGUCCAGUUACGUCUGUGCUGCGCCUUUUUCGUUCUUUGGUUUCUCGUCCAAGGCAGUAAAGGUACAUAAACUUGAAAAUUCUCAUCAAUUUUCUUACUCAUUAUAAUCGCUGUUUCUUGCUUAAAGUGAUUUCUUAGCGUUUGAAAAUAGCAAGAGCAGGUGAAGUUUUAGGGUGUGGCACGUUCGUAACGAAGAAAUCAAAUUGCGUCGAAAAUCAGUUGUGGGCUCAGUUACUGGGUUAACAUUGAAAUAAUUGUAAAUAACUAGUUAUAAAAAAAAUCGUAUUGCUUUGUGUUCUUAUAAUUGACAUUGCAAAUAUUGUAAUUUCUAUUUCUUUAAAAUAGCAGGCAUCUUUAAAGCUGGUAAAGCCAAUGUGACUACAGUUUCUCAUGGGCUAUUCGCUUGCCAACAGGUCUCGUUUGCGACACCUUUCCAUGGCGGACACGAAGUUACCGUUCUUGCUUCACUGGGUCGUUCUAUCAAAAGCCCUACUCGUGGUAACGGGGGCGCCAUCUGGGUGGAGUCAGUAGAUCAAAGUGGUUUCAAGGCUUGUAUUCUAGAAUACAGUGAUGGGUCCAAUAACACAGCAGAGGUGAACUGGAUAGCAACACAAUCUGCUCCAUCUGGAGGUAAAAGGGGAUCUAUAUCUUUUGGCGAUUGGACAACAGGAACAAAGUGCAAAAUAAUUAAUUUUCAGCAGGUAAGUGUUUUAAUUUGUAUUUUUUUUCUAAUUAAAGGUAUGUUAAAAGUGAUCUCAAUUAAUCUCAAGAGUGCAAUAUUUCCAUUUUAUAAGGGGUCAUGGCAUCAAUACAUCAGCGGUAUAGAAACCUUAAGACGGUUGUAAAUAUUUCAUUGAUUUAUUGUUUUAUUCUCAAUUUUUCUUUCUUUCAACUUUCUUUUUUUAUCUUACGAGUUUCUGCUUUCAUGGCAAGCCUUACUUUUCUCUUGAGAUGAAAGAAGUACAAAUUGACAAUAACUUAUCAAAUAUGUAAUCUAAAACCUUAAAAGUUUUAUGAAGUGUAUGUCGUUCACUUUUGGGUUGUUUUCAGCCUUUCCUGUCACCCCCCGUCAUACUUGUAACCCCUAGUCACCAGACUCCAGAGAGACCUCAGGAUGCAAUGGCCGUGUGGAUGGAGGACUCGCGCAAGGACAGUUUCAAGAUUUGUCUCAAGGAAUCUAAAAUUUUCGAUGGAGUUCACAAAAAUAUUGGAGUUGUAAGUAAAGUAGUAGUUACAACACGGCAGCCGUCUUAAAUUAAAAGGGUUAAAAUAAUGCAUACCUCCUGAAAAUGAUAAUUUUAAUUUAUUUAUUUCUACGUUCUCCUAACUGCAAUUAACCUUGUCAUACGAAAAGAAAAGACAGGAAUAAAGCCAAGAAGGAAUUAUUUAGCCAUCUUUAUGCAAAUUAAGAUUUGAUAUUUUGUUAAGAUAAUGAACAAAGAACUUUUGCAGUACAAUAUAAUUGUAUUUCAAUUCAACAUCAAUUUUAAGGUCAAGUUGGCCACACUAAAGACAUUUUAAGCUUUAUCCUCUCGCCAGUCCAGAUCUUUCAAAAUUAAUUAAUGUUUUACUUGUCAGCACUAUCGACCCUCUUAUUUCUGGAGAGAGGUUGAGAUGGAGGGGAUAACGGGACAUUUAUAUUCCACUUUAUUGUUUGCCAGGUCACCUGAAAGGCAAUACUCCUGAUGUUUGUUUUGUUGGCGCGUUGCAAAUUCAUUUUCUUAUCAGCUACCAACUGAGCUCAAUAUCCCCCAUUAAGCGCCAGCAUAGACUUUAUACGUUUCCUGAUAACGAUAGGAAGGAUAUAUUGGACAAAAGUUAGCGACUUUCCGUAUAAGGGUAUAAAACUUGUCUAAUGAGAAAUGUUCUAUAUUGGCUUCAUAUGACCUUAAAUUGUCAGCAAAAUAGACUCAAAUGGAAUAUUAUCUUCCUCCUCAACUUAUAAUGAGAAAUAAAGAUUUUAUAGUUUGCGCUACCAUGAGACCAGAUAGAUGACCUUUGAAAGUCAGUUAAUUCCAAAUAAAAGACAUAUUUCCUGUCUCAUAUCUUCACCUACAUAGCCUUUGGUGUUUUUUAGACGAUACAAAAAAAAAAAUGAUAUAUUAAAUUGUUAUUUUCCUAGACUUCACUCAACUAAACAGGGACUACUAUAGGUGGAUUCUUGGUUUCGUUGCUUGGCUAAAUCAAAUGUGUCCCGAUCAUGAAACCAACAUUGUUUUCCCAAUUCAGACCACGUACAUGAUGUUCUCAAGGGCAUCUCCUUUUGUCUAUUCAUAAAUUUACAUACACAUGCACGCCAUCAAAUCAUGAUGGAAAGUGGUGUGAGACACAGCAGAAGGUGGAAAAAACACUGCCAGUUUUUACUUUAAAGGGCCUGUUUAGAUGGAAGUAGGGGGCCCCAGGUAGGUGCGGUAACCCGCUUAAUUGGAUAAAAUAAUUAUCCGCGUUUUCAUGCAAUCUUGCAACCUCAUGACCCCGGGCUGCACAUUCUCAAGAUUAUUUAAUGGUCGCUAAGAAAGUAGAUCAAAUUACAAUAAAGUUGUCAUAGAAAAAUGAAAACAGGAUAAUUGAACAAAGCUACAUAGGAAUAAAUUUGGCACGCUCGUAACUCACUACUAUCAGGGAUCUAUUCUCAUUGCAUAAUAAAUUAGCUCAAAACGAAAUUUGGUGUAAUCCGUUUGCAUUCUCCUGCGUUGGUACACGCUUGUAGUGACCAUGAUGCUUUGCGCUCCGCUGGUAUAAAUUCUGCGGUUUAUUCAAAUCGUGGCAAUUUCAAGGGUCAUUUCUCAGGGAACUCUUUCGCCUUUCGCGACGCUCGUUAUUCAACCGCUACCAGUUUUCCAUGGCUGACCAAGUUAUUCCUCCCCCGCUCGCUCUCGUGCCAGUUUCAGCUGCUUUACCAACAGCUUCGGAAAACGCAGUAUCCCGCCAAAUCCACCAGAAGCGAAUGUGGAACCAGAGCAAGCUCCACCUCCUGACGCUCUAGGAAAGGAAAUUCUAUAUUUGUCUUCCCUUUUCCGGUUUUCAUUAUGGCGCUUUCUAUGUUCCGUAAGGUUCUCCAGACCUGUGUUUCGGUUUUGCAUUGUUUAUUUUGUUUUGGGGUCAGCUUAUUUUUAAUUCUCUGCAUUUUUUUGCGUUUCGUUUCUAUAAUUUUUAGUAGUGUCGUUGGCAUGCCCUUCGCUUUGCACGUUCGAAUUUAUUUUUUCCACGGUGCUUAGUUUCUUUUACUUCUAGGCUUAUCGCUUCUUCAUGCCUUUUUGCUCAGUUGUUUUAUCUUUUGCACUAAUUGCUUUUUGUUUCCCCCCCAUUAUGCUUUUAUUAUCGUACUUUUCUAUCACGUAAUUGUUAGUUUCGUGGUGGGCUGUUUAGGCAGGGUUUCUUGUUUAUUGAGGCGGCGCCUUUUUUCUGUCUUUGGGCUCUGUAGUUUAGUAUUCUCUUUAUUUGAAGCGUUUAUUUUUGACUUUAUCUAUUAUCAGUGAAGGCGAUUUAUUGUUGCGUGGACGAAGUUUAGGGAUGCCACUGGUGAAAGAGUUUUAUUCAGUAAAGGUGGGUCGGGUCCGGAUUGGUUUUCUACGUUUUCGAUGUUUAUCUGGUAACGCCGUUUGUUGCCCGUUACGAUUAUAAUCAAUUACUUUUAUUUUAAGAGGGUCACACCCCGGGGGGUACUGCCAUAUAUGGGCUAUAUAGGUAUGUGCCGCUGUGAAGGGUAUGAUUUUCAAGCAGUUUACUCUAGGAUAGGGUAUAUAAAUCAGAGCGUUUGGGUCUAGAAUAGGGUAUCAUUUUUCAGGAAACUGAUCAGUUGGUUGAAGAUUUUAUCUAGACUAGGUAAACAACUACUCUAGGAUAGGGGGAUUUGGGGAGUUUACUCUAGUAUAGGGUAGCAAAAUUCAGCUGAACUAGCUCUGGUAUAGGUUAAGGGUUCCAGGGUCCCAGCGGCACAUCCCCACCCAGAAAUUCCUAAAGUGCCCCCCCCCCCCGGGGGUGGCACCAGUUACUAUAAAAAUUUUUCUCCCUAGUGGCCCUCUAAAAACAAAAUUGAUAAUAAUAAAUUACAACAGUCAUGAUAAAAAGCCUAUUUACAAAUAGUAAUUAUAAUAAAAGAUCUUAAAGAUUGUAAAAUAUGCCAAUGAAUUGCGACAAAUUACGUUCAUUUGUUUGUGUGAUUCCGCUUUCAUUCUCGGAAAUACGGACCCAUUUCGAGUGUACCACUCGUGAGGGCAGUUUGUUUCCGCGUAUAGCAGUUCUGGGAUGCCACCAUUGAGGAAAGUGAAGUAAUUUGCGUUUUUUUCCUUGUUUGCAUAACUAGACAUCUUUUCCACAUGGGCGAAUAUUUCCAAUCUUAUUUCGAAGUUGAAUGUUCCGCUUCGCUGGUGAAGGCAACUUACAGUUUCGUAGAUAGAUUAUGGCAUGCCACCAGCGUGUGUAGUUUGAUCUUCAAAGGAAAGGAUCCGUUUCCAGUAUUUUUGUUUAAUUGUUAGUUGCCGUGUCACUUGUCAAUACCACUUGCUACCGCUUGUGAUAAUUGUGCAAUCCUUCUAAAGGAGUGAUAUAAUUGACAAUUAGGCCCCAUGGGCUAUUGACUCAGAGCCCAUUCGUGCUCAAUGAAUGAUUGUUUUAGUAAAAUCCAACUAGUUGGUCAAAAAUAUCGAGAACAAAAAAAAUUUAGCUGCUUAAAGCUAGACUUUAAUCCUUUUUUGCCGCCAAAAAGCCGGCGCUUUUCGCUACUAGUGGGCUAUAACAUAUAGCCUAGUAGUAGCUCUACCAAUCAGAACGCAGCAUUGAUAAUAGACCACCAUUUGGAUUUUACUGAUAAGUUUAUCUUUUAUUUUCGUUCGCGUAGCUCAGGGAUUGAUUUCGUCGCACGAGGCAGAUCCGUCUCGUGUUUUUUUUGUUUUUUUAUUUUUAGUCAGUACCGCUGGUGAAGGCAACUUGCCAUUGCGGAAAUUAUUGCGGAAUGCUGUCAGUGGAUCGGAUAUAAUUCAUGGAACACGCUUUUUCGUAGUUCGCGUGGUCCGGCGUUAAGUUUCCCUUUUGAAACGUUUGCAAGUGUAGUUUUGUCCCUUUGUUUACCUAACUCGGGCGACCCGGUUUCAGGUUUUCAGUUAGCGUCCUAACUAAGGCAUAACUGCUGCGUGGGAUCUGUUUUACAUCGCCUGGUCACUGGGGUGGUUUACAGGGUGAUGUUACACAGGUUUACUCGUGCGCUGCUCUAUGACCCAAAUUUCGGACUCUCUUCGGAGCUCGGGGUCAACGAAGGGACACGUGCCUUGUUCGUCUCGUUUUUAAGUUAUUAUUUUAGCGUUCCAUCUCUUCUUCCGUUUUGGGAUCCCAGUUCGUUUUUCUCCGGGGUUGUACGUGGCUUCGCGCUCAUCUUCCAUAUAUAUUCUUUUUUGUGAUAUAAACCAGGGAACAUGCCCCUUCGUUGGCCCUCGUCCUUCUCCUGGUACCGUUGCGGCUCGCCCCAUCCUAGUAUCUUUGCGUCAACUUCGUUUCCGCAAUCUUUAAUAUUUCAAAGCUGGGGAAAUUCACAACCACUCCUUUGUGUGGAUCUAAUAGGCAUUAUCCGGAACGGUGUCCAUGUUAAACAGUUCUUCAAAAAUUUCAAGGAGAAUUUUCGGAGCUCACUGUAUAACUCGCCGCGUGCUCCGAUUUGUGAGCAGAUUCAAACCUUUAUCUCCGACACCAUAGACGACUGGGUCUCCACUAGUGUGCUUGCCGUCUGGGCAGAGUUGGAGAAGUACGUUCCCCCCAUUUUUAACAUCCUUCCCCUUACUGUGCAACCUUCAAAACUCCGCUUCUGUCAUGAAGAGCACUUACAUCUAUCACAAUUUAGGUCUCGCCGUCACAAGUGCAGCUCGCUCACGAGGGGGUUCCUGUGUCCCAAUAUAUAGAUGACCGUCAUAUUGGUCAGUUGUUCGGUUCCCCUGCCGAAUCCAGUCUACCUCCUAGCAGAUUGCUGGCUGAAGCGGCUGCGUAUAUCAUGUGCUAACUACUUAUAGAGGCCGGUUAUUUUAUUGGCAUCGGCAAAUCGCAGGUUUGAAUGAUGUUCCUGACUGACAAUCAGGUCCUUAUAUCUGCAUUAGGUUACGCCGGUUUUAAAAACUCGGCAAUCAAUGACGUCAUUAAAGAGAUUUUGUGCCACAGUCGUGACUGCAACUUCAGCAUCCACACCUUCUAUGUGCCGCCGGAACGAAACCCUGCUGACGAACCCUCACGGAGAUAUUCAGAUCUGGACUUGACGCUUAUCCCUGAGUCUUGGUCGCUUUUGGAACAUUUCUUAGGCCCCCAUUCGUUUGAUUUAAUUGUCCUGGAUAGUAACUGCCAAAGAGACUUUCGUGGGAAUCCCCUGCCUCAUUAUACGCGACUUGGCCUUCCCCUGGGUCUGACAGAGUAACGCUUUUGCUAAUCCUCUGCCUGCUGGACAUGAUAUAAAAAUAUUUAUGCGUUUUCACCGUUUGUACUCCUUUGUCCACUUCUGAACUACAUUUUCGAUCAAGAUUUUCAUGGUGCCUUCACAUUUGUCGUGCCGGAUCUGCGAUCGAGGCAGUUUUGGUAGUCGACUCUUCAGGCUCUCGUUGUUGACCGUUUGCUACUUGGCAAGAAGGGAUCUACCUCCGUGUUGCUUUUUCUCACCCGAAACUCACGUCAACGGCUUCCGCGCAACCUACAGUGGGAUCUCUGGGCUUUCCGAAGCAUUUCUUAGAGAGCGUCUUUUAUUUUAUCUAGGUUUUAAGGCCUUGGAAGGCUGCACAGCGAUGCCCAGCACGUUUAUACCCAAACGACUUUGACGCUAACUUUUGUCAAGCUUGUGGUUCGCGAGUGUCCCUUAAAGAGUUUGGUGUGCCAUGAAAGGUUGUGAACCAUACAAGGCUAUCCAGACAUUUCCAAGAUUUUUUUGAUACCCUCAGAGCCAAGCCCUAUCAGCGGCAGAAGUCUGCUCUUGAACAGCAGUUUUCUGAUUUCCUGGUUUCUUUGUCUCCUCCAAAGUACAUUUCUUCUUGCACUUCAGACGAUGUUAUUAAGUUUUUGAUAAGUAAGGACAGCUCGGGAGGACUGUGGUUCAUAGUCAGCUAUGCCCUAAGGUUAGUUGCGAUUGUCCAAAGCGUUUGGCUGCGGGGACGGUAGAUUCUUAGUUGGGGAAACUUAAUGCUAUUUUCAAUAAUAUUGACCGUUUGCGUUUAGCGUUAAAAAGUACCUUAAAUUUGUUCUCGAGGAACAGGCAAACAAGGCUAUUGUCUCCUCCAAGGCAGUGCCUAUGCUUUUCUACGCUCAUUAAUUUUCUUAGGUACUCCAUAAGAUGCAGCACCCAUCUUUCCUUAGUCAAUGAUUAUAUUUUGGUGAGGGACACUGUUUUUUUCGUUGUCCAUUUUUUCACUAGGAACCGUUCUUCAGAUCUGAGUCGUCUUUUAGGGUAUCAGGUGUUCAUCAGUCUUAAGAAUCGAAAGGGUUUUCUGCUGCUCUUAACCCUAACUUAAAGCUUUGAGGUGUAAUGCGCCUUCUUCAUUUAUUUUAGAACCUUUCCAGGAACAGGAGCUUUGUCCAGUUUUGCAGAUUCAAUACUAUCUUUACGUGUGUCAGUUAUUAAACGUUCAUUUGGAUGACGGGUACUUCUUUAGGGCUACCGGUCGGGGCAGAGCAGUGAGCUAAUAAGGCCUUUUUUGGGUACUGUGGUUAACAAUAGCUAAGAAAAUAUCUAUCAGAAACCAAGAUUAAUUUGUUUUCGGAGAGACUCCCAAUAGCCUUAGGGUUGGCCUUUCGAACAUCCUCAACAUGUUAGGUUGCUUACAAGAGGAGAUCUCUUUUUACCACGGGUGAAGAAGCAACAUUGAACAUUACAUCAUAAUGAGUAACACAGCUUGUUCUUUUCCUGUUACUGGUACUUCUCUUCUGUUGACUAUUGCCUUUCCCAGAUCCCUGCUUCAUUAUUGUUUAGCUUAUCUUGACUAAAUUGUGUGGUCUUUGUUGGGGGAGAGUUUCUGAGUAUUUUAGAGAGAAAUAAGGAGUUCUUUUGAUGGCUUUAUUGGUGUGUGGCUCUUUGUUUUUUGGGUGCUUUUUAGCUUUGCUGUUUCUUAUAGUGCGUGUCGUGGCGGCGAGUGCAGGAGCGUACUUUACCCAUAACUUAAUAUUUCGCGAUGAGGUAAUUAUGCAGUGAGAAUAUAUUACUAGUAAUCUUUCCUAACUGGCACACCCACCUCAAUAUGAUCAGUCCCUUAGUGCCAAAUUUCCCAAGAGAAACAGUUUGUGACAUUAUUAAGUGUAUAAUAACCGAGUCCCACACGUACGUCUGCAAAACCCCUAUCCAUCCGAGAAAUCUCGGUAGUCACGUCACCGCACGACCGCCCUCCCGUUCGUCCUCUCCACAGGGAAACCAAGGAGAAAUGUCACAGUUUCUAUUUAGUAUGGGAGAAUGCGACUUGAUAUUGCACAUCCAUGUUGUGGUCAACUGACAGCUGUCAAAACAGGGUAUCUGCUGACAAGUAGGGUAUGACCGUAUGGCGGGUUCAGUUUACGUGCUUUUUUGAAGUUCCCCUCUGACCCGUUCCUGGUCUUCAAAGGAUCACAGUCUCAACUCUAAGUGGACUUCUUUUCAAUGGUUACAAGUUGUUUGUUUGAAGUAGUUUACAAACUUGUUUACGGGAGCUUCGUCUUUGGUUUUGGCUAAACCUAUAUAUUAUUGAACAUCUGCUUGUAAUUAUACUAAUGUGCUUAGUAUACGUCUCUCGCUGAACUAAGUACCUAGCUUGAGUAUUUUCCUGUUCUUGCAGAACUGGAUGGCUUACACCGAGGCGAAUUUUGACAACUUCACUUUGACAGAGAGCCUUGUAUUUACAAACAACACUCAACAAGACAAUUAUGUCUUUUGUCGGGUAAGCGGAUCUUUAGCCACACAAAAAUUCCUACCCAAGAAAGAUCAGUAAAAAAAAAAAUAGUUAGGAGUCUCUAAGUUCAGGUUCACAGCAAACCCAUUUUUUACAUUUUUAUUGACGAAAUUGAGGCCCUCAAAGUGAGGCAAGUAUACCUCUAGUACUCGGUUGGCGAUAUAUGCAGCUAUACACCUAGUAAGAUGAAAAGAUAAGGCAAAAAUGAACAAAGUUUAAUUUUUUAAGCUGAAUUUUUUGGAAAGCCAAAAUUAGGCAUUUGCGUUAUUCCGCUGUAUCCUCUUUAGUAUGGGAUGAUUAUGGAUACGGUCUUAUUUACAUAAUGAUUUAAACAGCUAGUUCACCCAUAAAAAAGUGACUCUUACAGACCAUGUCUGUCUUAUUUCAGAAAGUAAACUUCACAAGUCCAUUCUUUGCACCUCCAGUGGUGGUUUUAACACCAAAACUCAGUUACAGAAAUGUUACCUCACAGGAAUCUGAAUGCGAUGCAAUGACAGCCUGGGUCGAGGUAAACAUUACUGUUAUAAAUUAAAUCCGUUGUCGAUAUCAAAGCGUCCCCUAAAUCCCCUGAAGGGUACUUUUGCAUUGGAGCGCAAUGUUCCUUUAAAAUUCAGUUUUGAGCUAGUAGAUGACAUGAAGAGAAGAAUUGAGAUAUAGAAACCGAAGACCCGGAGACAAUUCACGCUAGUGUAAGCAGUUUUUUUUCCAAGAGGUUUUCAUAUUUUAGUGAAUUUCUUAGUAUCAGGAUAUUUGGCCUUUUCCUUUUUGAACGAAUCAUUCUGUUAAUCAUUCUGUUAGUGCUCGUAAUGUAGUCGUGAAAAGAGGCGAGCCCAAUUUCGACGCCUAAAUGAUGAAUAAACUUGAAUUGUUAGAAAAUACUGAGACACUGAGUAUCAAAUGAAUCUUCCAGAACAGCGAAACGACGACAACAAUUACCUUGUUUUUUAUUCCUUUAAACAUUGCUCUAAGACCGUUCUCGUAAUUUAUUACUAAGUGAAUAAUCGUUUUGUUUCUUCGCCAUGAUAGUGUUUUCUUCCUUAGCCUACCACUCUAGUAAACAACCACUUUGCUUAUUCUAAGCGACUACCACUCUCCUUAGCGACCACUUUGCGUAAGCGACCACCUUUCAGUGAUAACCAUUUUGUUUCUCAGUCAAUUCUGUUUUCACUAAUGGACUUUCUUGUAAGUGACCAUUCCACUCAGUUGCGGUGACUUCCACUGUUUUUGAUAGGGUAUCUCAGUCGAACCGACUGCUUUGAAUUCACUACGUUACUGUCAGUAUAAAAUGAGAUCAAUAGGCCUUAUCACGGUUUUUGACGCCAUCUUGACGAGUAGGCAACCAUGUGCGAAGUUACAGUGUUUGUAUGAGAAUCUAAAAAAUGUCGCAAAAUUUUCAUAAAAUUGUUGUUCUGACUACGAACUAAAUGUUCUGAUGAUUAUGACGUUCGAGUAUCGGCUAAUUGGGGUGGUUUAGCUAAUUUACCUCGUCUUUAAGGCAACUAAACGUAACUAAAAAUAUUCGCCAUUGACACUAUUGCUUUAUUUUUUGAUAAAUUUCACCCUUAGUAUACCUCCAGAAAUGACAUGGAAAUUUGUAUGAAAAACUACAAAAGUGACGAAAACAUAAAGAGUAUCCUCCUUACAGUCAAUUAUUUGGUGAUUGGAGGUAGGUAAAGUUCAUUUCCCACUCUCUGUCCACUAAGGUGUAUUUCUAUAGGUACCGGCAGCACGAGGAUGAGCCAGCAUCUACUCCAGAGGUAGCACAAACUGCUACUUGUAAGUCUCCCCAGGUAAAGGCUUAUCUACCAAUGAACAGAAAAUACAUCCGAUAAUAAGCCCCUUCAAUUGUGUCGAAAUGAAUUCGAUUUAUUAUGAAAUGUUGCACCUUACACCUAUCCCGUAAUCAUAAUGACCAUUGGGGCGCCACAGACUAAGCAACCGUUUCCCUCCAAUUGACUUUGUUUUCAGGCUCUUUUAGGGUGUUGCAAAACCUCAACCCUGUCAAUAAAAGAUGUUAUUUUCCCAGCCGUUCUUUUGCCUCUCUCUGCUUUUCCCUCUUUGCACUGUUCCUCGUAAGAUUAUCUUGGCAAGCCCUGCUGAUCUUGAUACAUGAUCACACGAUGAGAUAUUUCAUGGGUGAAAAUUUCUAUUUAGACAUUCUUCAAAUUCAAGAAAACUGAGCCGGUAGAAAUUUGAUAACGGACUCGAGUGUGUAUUCGCUGCUCAUUGCGCAAGCAAAAAUGCGGAAUGAAAUCAACAACAACUAACGGAUGGCGGAAUUUCGGCCAAUCGCAACAGCGCAAAUCAUCCGUAUUGUUUCCUAUCCAGUCAGAAUGAAGUUCAGAUUCUGGCUUUUUUUGCAUGUGAUCUGUGAAAGGAUUAUAUCAUGCCCUCCUCCCGAAAACAGUUUACAGAGAUAAAGGGAGAGGGCAUGAUCGCAGGUUACAACUGAAAAGUCUCUGAGACCACAACUUUUCAGGUGGACUAUAUUGCUCAUGUGCUAAGUGAUUUUGAGUUUGAUCUCAGACUGUUCAUCUCAUUACGUCAAUUCUUCUAAACUACGCGUCAUUCACAAAGGUUCUCACAUUGCAGGUGGCAAUAAGAGGGUUUACCUCACAGAAACACGCUGCAGUAACAUUUUGUAGUACCGGUUUCGGAUUCUGCAUGCGUGAGCGUACGAGAGAAAAAAAAGAUACAUUUUAACUUGCGUUAGUGCAUGUUACACCACAGAGGGCCUUAAAAUGUGAAAAAGAUCGCAGUGGCACGCAGUUUUUGUUAUCAUUCACUUAAGACUGACUUUGACUAUUUUGUUUUUAUUAUGAUGCUAGACUUGGAUCCUUGCAUUGAAGUGACAUGUUACCACUAUGGUCAUUGUAAGGCGGUGGGGCCCCGUGAUGCUCGCUGCGUCUGCGUAAACAGCUGUCCCUCCUAUCAAGAGCCAGUUUGUUCUUCAAAUGGCACCACUUAUGAUAACAAAUGCCUAUUUGAACAAGAAAUGUGUUCUCUCGGGCUGAACUUUACGAUACAGCAUCCCGGUGCCUGUGAAGGUAAGAUCAACUUAAGUUACAUUUGUGGAGUCGCGCUCGUAUUCAUUUUAAUAUAUUAGGUUUAGCUUUUAAGACAGUCCACGGACUAGCGCCACCAUAUAUUAACUCUCUAGAGUUACUUCUUGACGUAAAGCCAUCUAUUGAUUUUUUUUUAUAAUUUAGCUGCAACUACCAAUCCUUUUAAGUUAAGCGUAUUUAACCUUCUCAAUAUAUAUGUCGAUAUAGUUAAAAAAGAUUUAAAGUCAACAAUCAGGGCAUAAUGCAUUUUUUAGGGUGGCGCCUUAUUUGAAUUUUUAUUUCUUAUUUUUUUCUACAAUAAAUAAGCGUGUUAUAUAUGGGAGCCAUGUGGCUAACAAGAGAAGGAGAUUUUCUCCGUCUGUUUUUUUCCCGGCUUUCAAGACAUCCCUAAUUUACUUGUUUUAUUUUUUUCUUUAGGAUUUCCUUUACAGCGUGACCGUCUCAGCCUGCCACACAUUCUCUCCCUGGGGUACUCAUUUUGUCAAGAUAUUCGAUUGGAGCCCUUUGCAUUCUAUCCUGACAAACCCAUUGAAGCUCAAAUAACUGUCAAUCAUCUGGAUACCAGUGAUAAGUCUUAUGUCCAUGAUGCCUCUGUAUCGUGGAUUGAGGAUGUCAAUUCCGAUAAAUUUACCGCGUGUGUAAUGACAGCAGGAUUUAACGAGCGAAUGUCUUAUUCUAACGUGACGGUAGACUGGCUGGCUUACCAAGGCGCUCCCGUGGGUGGGGUAGCGGGAGUGCAACGCAUUUCACAGUGGUGGACUGGGACAACCUGCGAGACUGUCAAUUUUCCUUCGGUUUGCUAUGUUUAAUUCUUUACUCUGUUGUUGGUUUCAUGAUUUGUAUACUUGUGCGUAUAGAAGAAGUCCAACCAGAAUCGAAGCGCACAGAUUAGUAAAGAUUAAGUGGCGAAUACUCGUUUUUUUUUAUUACAGGGGAAGUUCUCCAAGAAGCCCUUUGUUUUUGUGACGGUGGCACAUCAUCACGCUGGACUUAAAAGGGACGCCGCCAGUGUCUGGUUGGAGAAUAUCGCGGCAUCCUCUUGUAAAAUAUGUUUAAGGGAACUUCAAAAUUACGCAGGUUCUCACGAAGAUAUAUAUGUAGUAAGUAAAGAACUUGAUUUGGAGGAAAUUUACCUUCAGCGAGCAAUGUAAGCGGAUAAAUGAAUCAAUUGAAACCUGUAUAUAGCGGGCAUACAGUAGUAUAAUAGGGAUGAAGUUGAAUCUUUUUUUGCUGAGGAAGACAUUUACGCCAAUGACUUUAUAGCCUAUUGUCUCGAUCUCAUGAAUGAAAUGAGGUGUACUUUUAUUGAGAUUGGGUAAUGUGCUUUUUUCGGGUGGUAAAACCAGUUUUACAGGUUUUAGAUCGAUGGAAGUGUUGCGUUUUGACUUGUUCACUAAAAACUAAUAAUUAUAUUAAUUAGCUGAUUCAUGUUUUCCAAGAAAAAAAGUACCAACUCACGGGUGAAUCAACAUCACCAUGAUUAUCCAUGUUAGUUCUUGUUUUUGUUUUUCAUUCCUGCUUCCAAUUUAUGACUACGUUUGACCAUGUUUAAACACGAUUUUGUUGCCGAGGUCAACGGUCAACCAUGGCUAAUCCCUACUUCCUUCAGAGCAGAUUGGCCAUGGGUGACCAUGGUCAGCAUUACUGUAAUUUAACGUUCAUGGUUGACCAAGGUCAAACCAUGGUUAUAUCACUGCCAUAGUAUAUCACUACCAUGGUUGGAAACCGUGUUCAACCAUGGUAGAACCACGGCCGACCAUGGUCUGACCAUGAUCCUCUCGCCGGGGAGCCUAUCAUACUGAUUAAGCCACACAAUUUAGCUCAUGACAACGUCUUAAUAACAUUCUCCGCAUUUUAAAUGGCGGAGUUCAUGUGUUCCUGCUCAAGUUAAUAAGAUUCCUGCGCAAAAAAAGGUUUAUUUGAUCCCGUUAUAGCCUAAAUGACGUUUAUGCGCUUAAUUAUUGUCUCACUGUUUAACUCAAACGCCUUGGAGGUGGUUUUAAAAAUAUUACUUACAGCUUAUUUUAAAAGCUGCACAAAUGACAGAACACAUAACGCUUUAAAUAACUUAACUAACCAUAAUGCUUAAAAAAAUCAUGAUCGUCUUUUCUUCUUUUUCCUUGUAGAACUGGUUGGCAUUUUCGACUUCCCAAAAGCCAUUCUUCUCGGAACAGAAUUCGGUUUACUUUGCAAACUCCAACAAUCCUCCUGCGGAUUCUAAUAAUGCGUUCUGUAAGGUCAGUGUAUUUUCCUAUUUUUUCUAAUGGAAUAACUAUAAUUUAUCUGGGUUUUUUGCAUCUCUUAUUGACACAUUUUAAUCAGCUCUUUUUUUUUGUUUUCAGGAUAUCCACUUCAGUAAGGUUUAUCAAGACGCUCCAAACGUUUUUGUAUCAGCAAAUCAUUCCUCGACUGGUAAAAAUCUGGAUCCAAUGCACAAUUCUAUAACUGCUUGGGUUGAGGUAAGAAACCUAUAGUAUGUCUUUGUAACAUACUUUUCGCAGAAUUUCAAUUCACAGAGCUAUGUAUCUGUGCGAAUUUUCUAACACUGGGCAUGAGGUGCCCGCUAGGUUUUCGCUUGAACACAGGCAUCACCGGUGUUGAGGACAGAGUAGCGGAAAACAUCCUGGACACUUGCUGUCUUGCUGCGUGUGUAGGUGUCACCAGAUAGCCCACCCAGUCGAGACCUAGCAGUCGGUGGGUGGCUGGCAGAAAGCAGUCUAAAGUCAAGGAAUUUUCCCUGAGAGCUAGCCCAGCCAAAAUCUUUGCUCUGACUGAUGAUCAUUACGGUAAUUGAAAAGCUCGGGACAGUGUUUGACUAGUUAUUAGCUUGAUGUGUAGGGAGGCCUUAGUUCUUGGUUAGUGUUGGACUUGGCUGUCUAAGGACUGAGUGCAGGCGCCUUGUAUCUAAUCCAGUCUGAUAUGCAACUAACUGAAUGCACCAUUAAAAUCUCCAAGGCGAUUGCAGGAAGACCUCAAGUGGAGUCUCUUUUGUACCACUGUAUUAGGCGUUGAUAAGACGGAAGCCGUGAGCGAUGUUUUCGAGCGACGAGGCCCGUGGAGAGAAAUCCAAAUAUUUUGACUCGCCCCAAUUCUUCUAGCGGCUUUACAGCCAAAAAAACCAAAGCAGGAAAAUCACCAGCAGAUUGAAGCAAUUCGCCACUUUCUGCAACAUUUUUGAUAAAAAAGGUGUAUUAUGGGCUUUGUAAAAUUUAAGAAUCGGGCGCGAUAAAUCUCGCCAGAGGCCGUGGAGAGAGGGAAAAAGCGCAAGGGAAGACCUUAGGCUGGAACAGGAAAUAGAACAAGAGAUCGAUUUUUCUUUUCUCCGGAUGCCGUCCUCGGAGAGUAACCUCUUUUUUCAGAACCCUUCUAUGGAGCGCAAACCUUUUAUUUAUUUGGCAAAAAGAAAUAAGGCCGGGAGGGAAAAUUCAAAAUAGCCGGAAUCGUCUCUAUUCUUAAUUCUGUCAUUACAGUCUAAACAUAAACAAACUGGCUAUCAUGUAAAUCCUCUUAGAGAGCGAAGAGCGGGUAAUAGAGAGAUUAAGAUUCACGUUUACGCCAAACAGCAAAAGUCAGAUUCAUGUUGAGAUUGUCUCAGAAUAGAAAAAAAGCAGAUAAAAACUGUCCAGAACAAUUCGUAUGGAAAAAACUGACGUGAAGCUAUUUAUUUUUUAGUAGAAGUAAUAAAAAGUAAACUAAACUUACGGGGAAAACCUGGUCACGUGGUACAAAUUCACGUUUGCCGUUUAGCGUAAAAGUGAAUCUUAAUCUCUCUAUUACUAAUAUUUGAAAACCAGUGAACUCAAUUGUUCAUUAUAAACAGAACCAAGCUUCGAACUGGUUCUUCUACCUAAUUUUUAUCUUGCAAACUUGAGGCUGAACUGAACUGCUUACACAAGAGCAAGAGCAACAUAUAAGACGUGCACCAACUCAACCCACUAGAGUUCCUGUCUCUUAAAUCUGUACCCACUCAUAAUUUAAACUGCUUCUAAAGAUGGCCGAACCAUUACUAAUUUUUUUCCAUUGGAGGGGUGUGCUGGCAAGUAUUUGAAGCUAUAACCACACGUCUAUUUUUUAUUCCACAGUAUAUCAACACGACGGGCGCAAGAGUUUGUUUAAAGGAAUUACAUGAGUCUAAAUAUGAUCCCCUCUCGAUACAAUACAUGGUCUUAUCAGGUGAGAAGGUUUUAUCUGGAAAAACAUAUGGUAAUAAGAACACACUGAGCGCGUGGGGGUAACUAAUAACAAAUACGUUACAUUGCACUUUAUAAUAGCCUAGGGCACGUCGCCAAUAGACCAGAUUAUCAUGUAAACCUAAUGCUUACUUGCAGGUUUUAUUCAUAAUUUAAGACCUCACAGCUACUUGAAGACUUCAGUGUUUUUUCUUGGUGAGGCGAUACUGACUAAAGCGUGGACCGAAGGCCCUCGCGUCGCCAAAGUUUAUAUUUUUGUCGAAAAUCGCAUCACAUAUGGAAAGAGCGUGGAUCGCACAGCGAAGCAGAAACACUACAGGGUGUCCCAGAAGUUCAUGCCUCUUUCAGUCUAAUUAAAUAUUUCAUACUUGUUGUGCCAUCUUUUGACUCGAACAUUCGAUUUGUGUACCUUACGUCAAGUGCACAUGCACGAGUAUUUUUUCCCGCCACAUUUUGUUUUUGAUUUUGUAGCCCAAAUUUUUGGAACUCCUUCUGAUCAUUGUUUUCUGUGAAUUAAUAAACCCUCAGAGCGCAAAAAUGUUCACUUAAUUGAGAGCAUAAAGUACAUUGUACUAUAUACAUCGAUCUACUGGCUUAUCAGCUACAGAAAUUGCUAAAAAUCUGGAAAAAUCCGAAUGUCGGGUGAUAAAAUGGUCAUCGAAAAAUGAAGGUUUUGAAAACAAGAAACAAAGGAGAAGACUGAAGUCCCGAAUGAAACAGCUAAAAUAGCUUUAAAGAGGGCUAACUACAAAAGAGGAAAUUCGACGAGUUAGUUCUCACAAUAUAAUGGUUAGCAACCUAAGUCUGGAGAAGAUUCAUGAAAACGAAGGUUGGAGGCCCGACCCUGAGAUGGUAAAACAAUUAAAUGUUUGCUCAGUCUGCCAAGCAACGUUCAGCACAAGUCAAAUUGUAUGAAAAGAAGUAACCGGAACCGGAGAAAAACCUUACUUAGGAAAGAGGGCCGAAAAGAUUGUACUUUUUUUUAUGAAUGCCUGAAACAAUGUUCUUUUCAGCUGCAUAAUCCAAAAAAUGAUAUUGUUUAUGGGGGUCGCAGUGCAACCCCAAACACACACGCAUACCAACCAGUUGAGCUCAAAAUGGAUCAUCCGGGAAUUGUAGAGAAGAGCGCCUUUAUGUAAAAAUAAAGGUUUGAUCAAAGGUUAUAGCGCACGAACUGAAGAACAACGAACAUUUGGGACACCCUGUAUUUGUUUUUGCAGAUGUUUUGGUGACCAAGAAAUCCAAUAAAUGCUUUUCGCGAUGAAUUUCGAAGGUGUAGGUGUUAUACAGAGAACAAUUUGUCCAUUAUUUUAAAAACGAAAUACCAAGAUAAGAUAAGAGAACAUUAACAAUAAUAAUAAUAAUGAUAAUAAUAAUAAUAAAUAUUUAUAUAGCGCCUAUACUUUUCAGUGCUAAGCGCUUUACAAUGCUUCAAAAAGGUCUGGAUAAAAAAUAAAUAUCCUAGAAUCAUUUACAUAUUAUAUACAUAAUCACAAAAAUACAAAAUAAAAAACCUAAGAUUGUUCGUAAACUCGCUUUAAAAGAAAGGUCUUCAAUUUAGCUUUAAAUCUAUUUACAUCAUCGAUCGAUCUAAUGUCAAUAGGCAAAUCGUUCCAGAGUAUAGGGGCAAUGACUGAAAAAGCCCUUAAACCGUAUGUCUUUAAGUUAUAGGGUUUAAUAACAAGACGCCACUUGUCUGAAGAUGAGCGACGGUACCUUGCAGGUUCAUAAACAUGGAUUAGGUCAACCAAAUAAUCAGGAGCUAAAUUGUUGAGUAUCUUAAAACAAAUAAGAUUAAUCUUAAAGAUUAUUCUUUGCUCCACUGGUAGCCAGUGCAACUCCUUUAGAGUAUCACUUAUGUGAUCAAACUUACGUAAGCAGGCAAUCACACGCGCUGCAGCGUUUUGGACACUUUGCAGUUUGUUAAUUUCAUACUUGGGAAGACCAUGUAAAGGCGAGUUGCAGAAAUCCAGCUUCGAAUUUAUGAAUGCGUGCAUAAGAACUUCAGCCGUUGUGACAUUGAUAUACUUACGAAUCUUAGCUAUAUUUCCAAAGUGGUAGAAUGCCACUUUAACUAUGUUGUUAAUAUGAAAAGACAUCGUUACGGUGUUAUCCAAAAUUACGCCGAUUCUACUCGCCUUAAUUGUAGGCUUGAUGAUAUCUGUUCCUAUUUUAAUAGAAGGUAGCCGUGGGGGCAGUCUGAACCUCGAAUAGAGAAUGAGAAGUUUGUUUUGUCAGUAUUUAGUUUCAGUUUGUUAGUAGUCAUCCAGUUGGUGAUAUCGACAAGACAGCUUUCAAUCCGGGAAAUUGUAGUGGUAAGAUCAUCCUCAUCAUCGCAACUGAAGGUGGUGUACAGUUGAGUGUCAUUAGCAUAAAGAUGGAAGUCCAUAUCAUGCCAUCGUAUUAGGUCACCUAGUGGGGCCGUGUAUAACAGAUAUAGCAACGGACCGAACACGGACCCCUGGGGUACACCAAAUCUGAGCGGGCGAACUGAAGAAGUAAAUCCAUCAAUCUGAACUGACUGGGAACUAUCCGUAAGAUAAGACUGAAGCCACGAAAGCGCUUUUCCUUUUAUAUCAAACCUGGAUCGCAGUCUGUGUAACACUAGAUCUUAUGAUCGUUGGUGUCGAAGGCUGCCGAUAGGUCUAGCAGCAAGAGAAUGACGCAUUGAUAGGUCUAGCUGCUGAUAGGUCUAGCAGCAAGAGAACGACGCAAGAGAACAUUCGGUCCUUGCAUCUCACUUUGCAGACUAGCGUGCUUCUGCCGAUUAUGUUCACUUAUUCUUUACACUUAUUCAAAAGUCACAAUAAUGCGAAGUGGCCAAUUAUAUUGCCGGAAAUGCCAAGAUCACUGAGUGUCUAUGUACUAAAACCUGAUAUAAAUCUUUUGCAGAUAUAUGCAAGCUAGGGUGGAGUUACUUUGGUGGUUAUUGCUACAUCACAAGUCAGGCAUGCGCUACAUGGCUAACUGCUGUAUCAAACUGUUCUACCAUGGGCUCGAGUCUAGUGACGGUCCACAACCAAAAAGAGAAUGUUUACAUCCAGCACCGUCAUAACGGCGAUAAAUCCUGGAUUGGACUCAAUGAUAGGAGCGUGGAAGGAUCAUUCGUUUGGACCAACAAAGAAUUAAGCAGUUUUAGGUUCUGGGCAAGAAACCAACCAAAUAACUGGAAAAAUGAAGACUGUGUGCACACUCUUGGUUCCUGGGGUGGAUAUACCUGGAACGAUGUACCGUGCGAUAAGUGCUACAACUUCACUUGCUUUACGGGUAAUAUUCAAGAAAAUUCUAAGGAACCUGCUGGUAUACAUGCAUAUACACUCAAUGAUGUUGCCCUGCUGACUGAUAUCUUUCCUAAAUUGUUGGAGUCUUGAGUUUAUCCGAUCAAAAUUGGGAAGAAAACAUCAAUUUUGUUUUUUGAACGAGUGGGUUAGGAGUAGCGGUGACUAUUUUCAAGUCGUUCGAUUAAGAAGCAACAAAAAGCAAACUGAGGUGAUAAACAUAAGGAGAUAUAAACGCAUUGCUGGAAAGAAAUAAAACUGUAACUUGACGUUGCGUAUGUUCCGACAUACAUCUUCAGAAGUAAUUUAUGACUACUUUCACCUUGUUGCAGCAAAUCAGUUUCUGCGAUAUCUCAAUAUUUGUCUUGCGCAUAUCAAAUUCACUGUUGAAUUUGAGGAGAACAACACGAUCUCUUUCCUAGACAUACUCAUUAAACAUAGCAACCAUUCUUUUUCAACGUCAAUUUUUAUCGCUAAAUGGGACUCUUUUACACCUCGAAAAUACAAGAUAAACCUUAUCCGUACGCUCACUUUUCGCUUUCACUAUUUUUAUCAUUUACACCUCGAAAAUACAAUAGUGUUUUAUCGGGUCGGGUCUAAAAUCACUCACUUUCGGCUCGUAAUUUUAUACCCGAUAAAACACUGCAGCUCUUUUAUUAAACAUUAAGCGUAUUUUCCUACAACAUGUCUCUAUUGUUUCUUUACUUAGUUACUUAUUCUACAUUUCAAUUUCUGGUGUAAUAUCAUAGGUGACUAAUUACUCCUAAUUUUGGCGCGAAAUUUCAGCGUUAAUUUGUAACUUCACAUGUGAAAAUUACAAAAUUGCCAUUGCAACCUUCCGUACGUCUCAGUGUCUAGAUGGCGACGAAGUUUGAAAAUGUCAUGAAUGAAGAUGUCAGGGCAAAAAAGACGCUUUAGAAAACCUGAACACACGAAAGAGCACAUCAGGAAGGAUUCUAACAGGUAUUUUGUCGAAAAACUCUGAACUUAAGCCAAAUUUAAGCUCUAAACGUUCGAGAUACCAUCCAGGAUAAACAUGUCAAAAAUCCAAGAUUGCUAACGUAACUUGUCACCCAUGAUAUUAAUAGGUAAUCAAAUGGUAUACUUGUGAAAUUAGGGAAUAAUUUCACUUGCGUUUUGUCCAAAUCCUUAUAAUUUCCCGAGCCUUUAGGCUCAACGGUUAAUUGCUUCUGAAGAUAUAUGUAGGAACAUUCGAAACGUUAAGUUAAAUCUUUAUUUCUUUUCUGAAAUGCGUUUAUAAUUCCUUAUGUUUAUUACCACAGUUUGCUUUUUGUUUGUUCGAUUGAUAAUCUGGAGAACACUCCAUGUUUAAAGAGUGCAAUAAAUUGACCGUUUCCCCUUUAAAAUAGAUAGGUUUUUGUGAUGCACAUCACUCAUCUUUUCUAUUCAAUCGAAGAACGAAAUUUGUAGACGGAAGUUGAUUUUACAAUUGUUAUGAUAGUAAUGAAUUACAUUCUAUUAAUCAACCAUUUGAGAAUUAGAAAGUGUUUUAAUAUGUUUAGACGAGGACGAAUGUACUUCUGAUUCUGAUGACUGCGACGUCAAUGCCGUUUGCAAAAAUACUGUGGGCUCAUACACAUGCACGUGCAAAGCUGGAUAUACCGGUGGUUUCUUGGUGUUGCGGACACCAAUGACGUAAUACAAAAGAUUGAAAAGACACUGAACAAUACCCACACCACAACACAAAAGCUAACAAACAAUAGUUUCCGCAACACCAAGAAACACCCGAUAUACCGGAAACGGACGAACCUGUGAUGGUAAGAAGAGCUAGACAUCUAUUGAACACUAGCACUGAACGUCAUAAAGAAACACACUGUAUACCCUCCCUCAUGACAAUACACCAUUGUUAUAAGGCAAAGAGAUGGUCUCACAAUUCGCAAGGCUUCGAAGCGAUUAGCAAAAUGCGUAAUUAUAUAUACCGAUCACAUCAAAAAGUGUCAAAAAGCAGAUAAAAUACAGUGAAUAUGACGGAUAUCAAAUUCAGAUCUUUUCAUUGUUUUUUUGUAGAGGGUAUUGAAGGGAAAAAAUAGUGAAGACACUGCCAUUCUUGCAUUUCUGAGCCUUUCCGUAUCUACUUUUGUUAAACAUUUUCAGUCUGUUGUGUUUCAAUUCUCUUUAGAUCUGAACGAGUGCUCAAGAAACUCUGAUAACUGUCACGUCAAUGCAAUAUGUCACAAUACCGUAGGGUCCUACAAAUGUACCUGCAAACCUGGAUAUAAAGGAGAUGGACGAACCUGUAGUCCUAAAGGUAAGAGUCAUGUCUUACAAAAUCCUAGAUGUUAAAUAUGAACUAUCACUCUGUCUGAGUGCCGGGUGAUUUGAGGUGAGCAGUUAACCCUAUUCAGACCGGGGUUAUUUUUGCUUCCUGCGACCGGGGGGUGGCUUCAGAGGCCCCCUCUUUAAAACUUCGAAAUCGCUCAUGAAAAAAAAAAUUCUAAUUUUCUUCCAAAACUGGCAAAAUGACGUUAUUUGCUGUCACUGUUGCAUCAUGUUGCUCAAUUUAUAUGCAACAAAACUAGUAUUCAUUAGGGGUUAGAGAAGUUAAGUGAAAAUAGAAUAAACGGUUACAGUAUUAAUUUAAAAUGGUAUAAAAAUAAAAAUAAGUGUUAUCGAUCUUGGCGGACGGUCAGUUGCGAUGUUAUUAACUACCCGAAAAACAAUCAGCUCAAUUGGCACCGAAUUUUAAACAGUUUUGCCCGACCAUAGUUCUUUUGUCAGAUUAUAGAAGUGGACUAUUUUUCUAGGUUUGCAAGACUCCGUUAUUGUGGGAAACAACCGAAACCACUCAACCUCGAGCUCGUUAAACAACUGGCUUUUACCGGUGAGAAGAAGCGUUUAUUCUCGCUGGAGGCGCUGCUGGCGUGCAUCAGUUGACGGCUGAGCUGCAAGUACGUUUCACUCGCGAUGUGACGGCAAGGGACCGACUGUAACAAUAAUAAGGGUCGGAAGAUAUAUUUUUGGAGGAUACGCUAGUGUUUCGUGGGGUAAGUAAACAAUGUAAACAAUUGGCGAUUUUAAUAACAGCCCUGGCGUCGAAAGUAUUCCACUUGACAUGAAUCUUAAAGUUCAGCCGGAUAGUGAACAACAGAGUCAAUCAAUCUGCCUUUUAAGGACGGUGCUCAAUAAUAGGAAGUUUUUUUUUUUUCAGAAAAUGACUAUGUAGAUCAUACCAAGGGCUAUUGAAAUUCAAUGAAAAAUGAAACUAGGGGUAACCACCCAUUUUUCAGAGUUAAAUGCACUUCAGUAUGGAAAAAAAUAAAAAUAAAAAUAAAAAAGUUAUUUUUCUUCCGAAAUUUCAGAGUGUACACGUUAACUGAUGCAAAUGCAAUGCUAAUUGUAUCGAGGCUUCAAAAUAAAGAACAAAUGGUAAAAUAACAACUGCUCUUAUAAGUCUUUUUCAACUCAUCACUGUGAACUGGGUUAGUUAGAAGAGAAGACCCUGGGUUAGUUAGAAGCAGUGACCCCUCUCCACGAGUUUGCCUCAAAAAUGCUUCAAUUAAACGACAUUUAUCCCAAAAACAACAAAAAAAAUGGAUCGUCUGCUGUGUAGGCUAAUUACUUCGAUCUGGCAAGAUGUCAUUCGCUUUUGGAGUUAAUUCUUUCCCAUCCCCUCCCCGGUCAGUUGCAUUAUUUCUUAGUUAUGUGAGAGAACAAACCAGCACAAUUAAAACGUAUAAAAUGACCAUAAAUCGCCUCGGGAACCACACAGAAAAGAACAAACAGAUAUACUACCGGGUGUUCCAAAAGUUCGUUUAUCUUAUUUCAUGCGCUAUAACUUUUGAUCGAAACUUUAUCUUUACAUGGAAUUUCUAAAUGACAUCGAUCGAUUGCUCUAUCAAGUACAUGUAGUCAGAAGUUCCUUAAUCCAGCAUUCCCCUCCCUUUUUUGAUUCAUCGCAUUCAGCAGCCGUUGCAGCAUAAAGAGAGUUAAUUUAUGUAGUAAAUCUGGUAUAUCAAGAUUCUGAAUGUCGCAAAUGACACCUGCUUUCAAUUCCUUUUCUCUUUAAUAGGUUCCAGCACUGGUUAUCAGUACGACUCCAAAGCCUUUUUAUUUUCACUUGUAAACAAGCCAGGAUUGGGACCUGUAAAACUGCUUCAGACAGGGAAAUACAGUUCAAGCAGAGCACAUUCCAUAAACUCUGCCUCAUCGUAUGGCCCUAUAUUCGGAGGAGGACAUGACAUCCUCAUUUCCAACGACGCCUCAUCCAAUACCAAUUCUAACAGCAACCUUGGCUAUACUUACGACUCACCGAGAGGAUACAGCUACGGCACCACCUCCGCCAGAAAAUUCCUGGCAGGAUCAAGGUUCUUCACUCCAGAUGAAAUAGAAACGUUUUACGAAACAACCUAG